AUGGACCAAACAGUUUAUGGAUUGGUAUCCAAGAGAGCACGUGAGGAAGAGAGGACGCCCGCCGACAGACUGGGACAAGGAGAUAAAGAAGACUUGCGGGAGAGCAGCAUGGAAGAGAGCAACAUUGGAGAGGAAAGAGUGGAAGCGGAUGGGACAGUGGAGGUUGAUGAUGAGGAAGCCGAAGGCAAGGAAGACACCGACGCAAGAGAAGAAGGCGACGCUGAGGAAGGCCACUGGCUCGACCCCGACCGUCCUCGUCUUGAAGACCCUCUCGGCGACCGGCUGGUGCCCCCCGGGCCAGCACAGCUCCUUGCAGUUCAGGGGGCACGGCAUCUCCAGUUCUUUUCUCCAUCCGUCAUACAGUCCGAUCAUCACUGCCUCAGAGUCUGCAACCAUAUCAUCUGUUCUUAUCAUCUGCCCCAGAAAGGCACUAAGAAUUAUGGAGCGGAACAAACAGCUAAAAUUUCAUUCAAGGUCAAAGAAAACUGGGUCGACGAGGCUACCGUGUUGGAAUUGACGUUAAGUGGAAAGAGCGCGAAAAAGGGCCUUAUUAAGGCGUAUGAAGGAGGAAGAAAGACGUGA